CGGCGCAAGCAAACUCUUUCGUUUCGCUUUCCCCUUUUGUCUCCGUGGAGGAGGAGGAAGCCACACGAACUGGUCCGGGCGCCGCACCGCGAGGGAAGGAGAAAGGGGAGCGACGAUGCAGGUGAAGCAGAAGGUCUACGAGCUCUACAAGGGCACGGUGGAGCGGGUCACGGGCCCGCGCACCGUCUCAGCCUUCCUCGAGAAGGGCGUCCUCUCCGUCCCCGAGUUCAUUCUCGCCGGCGACAACCUCGUCGCCAAGUGCCCCACCUGGUCCUGGGAAGCGGGCGACCCAAGCAAGCGGAAGCCGUAUCUCCCCGCCGAUAAGCAGUUCCUCGUCACCCGCAACGUUCCUUGUUUAAGACGUGCCAUCUCGGUCAAGGAAGAGUAUGAUGCGGCAGGAGCCGAGGUGAUUCUUGAUGACGAUGAUGAUGGCGAAGGAUGGCUCGCAACACAUGGGGUGCAAGCAUCAAAGCCAGAUGAGGAGGAAGACAUACCCUCAAUGGAUACAUUGGAUAUAGGGAAAUCUGAUGGAAUCAAGUCUAUUCCCACCUACUUUAGCGGUGGUAAGAAGGAAGAAGAGGAGGAGGAAGAUAUACCUGACAUGGACACUUAUGAAGACACAGGGGAUAAUUUGGUUGCUGCUGAGCCGUCAUACUUUGUCGCUGAAGAGCCCGAAGAUGACAAUAUCCUUCGUACCAGAACAUAUGAUGUUAGCAUAACGUAUGACAAAUACUACCAAACUCCACGUGUUUGGCUGACUGGAUAUGAUGAGUCGAGAAUGCCACUAAAGCCUGAACUUGUGUUUGAAGAUAUCAGCCAAGACCAUGCACGGAAAACGGUGACUAUUGAAGAUCAUCCUCACUUAUUAGCAGGAAAGCAUGCUUCAGUUCACCCAUGCAAGCAUGCAGCUGUGAUGAAAAAGAUAGUUGAUGUUCUUAUGUCUCGAGGAGUUGAACCAGAAGUUGACAAGUACCUUUUCAUAUUUUUGAAAUUCAUAGCAUCAGUCAUACCAACUAUUGAGUAUGAUUACACAAUGGACUUCGACCUGGGCAGUACAAGCUGAUGAAUGGUUAAUUGAAGGAAGACAAAGCAUCCUGCAGAAGGCACACGAAGGCUGAAUUGCCAGUUCGUGGUUGGAAGUAUUUGUGCAUCUGUGUUCAUUCCUUUGGAUUGGUUGCAAUUGUGAACGUGGAACUCUGAAAUCUGGCAGACCCACCUUGUACAUUAUAACAUUGUCUGCUUGUGUAUUACUUGACUUCAUUGCUCUCCUUCCAUAUAAAGUUCAUAUAGCAUGCUCUCCUGUCUU